CCCCCCCCUCAUGUCGCGACAGGUCCCGACAGCGCUCGCGCUGCUGCUGCUGCUGCUCCAAGCGCUCGGGAGCGCCGAGGAAGAGGAUUGGACCUCCUGCGGGUUCUCUCGUGGCCGGGCUCGCGUGGCCGGGGGCUCGGGGGCCCAGCCCGGCCGCUGGCCCUGGCUCGUCAGCCUCCAAAUCCGGGGGUCCCACGUGUGUGGGGGGGCUCUGGUGACCCCCGAGUGGGUCCUGAGCGCCGCCCACUGCUUCUGGGGCCCCGGGGGUCUCCGAGCCCCCCUCCCCUCCUGGCGGGCGGUGCUGGGGCGGCUGCGGCUGCAGAGAGUGACCGGAAACCGGAGUGACCACGGGAGUGACCACACGAGUGACCACCUGAGUGACCACACGAGUGACCACCUGAGUGACCACGGGAGUGACCCAUCUGGAAACUGGAGUGACCACUGGAGUGACCAUGGGAGUGACCACUGGAGUGACCACUGGAGUGACCUGGCCAGAAAUGCCACUGACCACACGAGUGACCACUGGAGUGACCACUGGAGUGACCUGAUUGGAAACUGGAGUGACCACGAGAGUGACCACAGGAGUGACCACGGGAGUGACCACCCAAAUGACCACUGGAGAAACCACGGGAGUGACCCCAGGAGUGACCACGGGAGUGACCAUGGGAGUGACCCCAGGAGUGACCACAGGAGUGACCACAGGAGUGACCACAGGAGUGACCACAGGAGUGACCACCCAAAUGACCACCAGAGUGACCACAGGAGGAACCCCAGGAGUGACCCCAGGAGUGACCACAGGAGUGACCACCUGAAUGACCAUGGGAGUGACCACAGGAGUGACCACCUGAAUGACCACAGGAGUGACCCCAGGACUGACCCCAGGAGUGACCACUCAAGUGACCCCUCAAGUGACCCCAGGAGUGACCACAGGAAUGACCACAGGAGUGACCACUCAAGUGACCACAGGAGUGACCACAGGAGUGACCACAGGAGUGACCACAGGAGGAACCCCAGGAGUGACCACGGGAGUGACCACUCAAAUGACCACGGGUCUGACCACCCAAAUGACCCCAGGAGUGACCACAGGAGUGACCACAGGAGUGACCCCAGGAGUGACCACGGGAGUGACCACAGGAGGAACCCCAGGAGUGACCACAGGAGUGACCAUGGGAGUGACCAUGGGAGUGACCCCAGGAGUGACCACAGGAGUGACCAUGGGAGUGACCAUCGGAAUGACCCCAGGAGUGACCACAGGAGUGACCACCCAAAUGACCCCAGGAGUGACCACAGGAGUGACCACCUGAGUGACCACCUGAAUAACCACAGGAGUGACCACAGGAGUGACCACAGGAGUGACCACAGGAGUGACCACCCAAAUGACCCCAGGAGUGACCCCAGGAGUGACCACCCAAAUGACCACCGGAAUGACCCCUCAAGUGACCAUGGGAGUGACCACAGGAGUGACCACGGGAGUGACCACAGGAGUGACCACUCAAGUGCCCACUCAAGUGACCCCUCAAGUGACCCCAGGAGUGACCACAGGAGUGACCACAGGAGUGGCCACGGGUCUGACCACCCAAAUGACCCCAGGAGUGACCACAGGAGUGACCACUCAAGUGACCACCCAAAUGACCCCUCAAGUGACCCCAGGAGUGACCACAGGAGGAACCCCAGGAGUGACCACAGGAGUGACCACCCAAAUGACCCCUCAAGUGACCACCCAAAUGACCACCCAAGUGACCCUGGGAGUGACCCCGAGCAGGGUCAGGAGCUGUCCGUGGCCGAGGUCAUUGUCCACCCUCGGUUCCGCGGUGUCCGGAGCGGUCACGACCUGGCCUUGGUCCGGCUCCGGCCUCCGGCCACGCUCGGACCUCGGGUGGGCACCGUCUGCCUGCCCCUCCCCCACCACCCCCCGCCCUUCGGCCGCGGCUGCUGGAUGGCCGGGUGGGGCUACCUGGGGGAGAAAGAGCCUCUCCCCCGGGGUUGGCCCCUGCAGGAGCUGCGGCUGCCGCUGCUCUCCCCCCUCACCUGUAACUGCCUUCAUCAUCAUCUUCGCCAGCGACACCUGGCCCGACCCGCCCGGCCCGGCAUGGUCUGCGCUGGGGGGGCUCAGGGGGGGCGCGGGGCCUGCCAGGCGGAUUCCGGGGGUCCCCUGGUUUGUGGGGGGGGUCCCGGGGGUCGCUGGGUUCAAUUCGGGGUCCUGAGCUUCGCCCUUGGGUGCGGCCGCCCCAACGGCCCCGCCCUGGCCACGGGGCUGGGGGGGUCCCACUCCAGGUGGCUGCGGCGCCUCCUCCCCCCCGAGGCCUUCGUGGAGCCCCCCGAGACCCCCCCGGAGGAGGGGCUGGAGAUCGGCAUCUGUAACGGUGAGAAAUUGAUCAAAAACCUCGAAAUUACCCCAAAAAACCGCGUUGAAAUUGACCAAAAGUGGCUGCGGCGCCUCCUCCCCCCCGAGGCCUUCGUGGAGCCCCCCGAGACCCCCCCGGAGGAGGGGCUGGAGAUCGGCAUCUGUAACGGUGAGAAAUUGACCAAAAAACCGUGGCUGCGGCGCCUCCUCCCCCCCGAGGCCUUCGUGGAGCCCCCCGAGACCCCCCCGGAGGAGGGGCUGGAGAUCGGCAUCUGUAACGGUGAGAAAUUGACCAAAAAACGGUGGCUGCGGCGCCUCCUCCCCCCCGAGGCCUUCGUGGAGCCCCCCGAGACCCCCCCGGAGGAGGGGCUGGAGAUCGGCAUCUGUAACGGUGAGAAAUUGACCAAAAAACCGUGGCUGCGGCGCCUCCUCCCCCCCGAGGCCUUCGUGGAGCCCCCCGAGACCCCCCCGGAGGAGGGGCUGGAGAUCGGCAUCUGUAACGGUGAGAAAUUGACCAAAAAACCGUGGCUGCGGCGCCUCCUCCCCCCCGAGGCCUUCGUGGAGCCCCCCGAGACCCCCCCGGAGGAGGGGCUGGAGAUCGGCAUCUGUAACGAAAUCCCGGCCCUGGCCACGGGGCUGGGGGGGUCCCACUCCAGGUGGCUGCGGCGCCUCCUCCCCCCCGAGGCCUUCGUGGAGCCCCCCGAGACCCCCCCGGAGGAGGGGCUGGAGAUCGGCAUCUGUAACGGCUGCGGAAUGAUGGGGGGACCCCCCCUGCCCCUCCCCCCACCCCCCCGCUGGCCCUGGGGGGUGACGCUGAGGGGGGAGGGGCGACGCUGCGGGGGGGCCCUGCUGGGGGGGAGCUGGGUCCUGACGGCCGCCAGCUGCUUCAUCGGGUCUCAGGACCCCCAAGCCUGGGAGGCGGAGCUUUGGGGGGCGGGGCUUGGCUCAGGCCACGCCCCCUCCCCAGGCCCCGCCCCCUCCCCACGGGGUUUCCGGCUCCACCUCCACGGGGCCUUCGUGGGGGGGGAGGGGCCGGAUCUGGCGCUGCUGAGGCUCCGCCCCCCGGUCACGUGGGGGAGUCACGUGAGGCCUCUGUGCGCCCCCUACCGGAACCACGUGGGGACACCUGGGAGGAGCUGCUGGGCCCUGCUGGGGACACCUGGAGGUCCCCGGGAUCCCCCCCAGGUGCGGCCGCUCCAGGUGAAUCCCCGGCCCUGCCCCCACCCGAACAAUUCCCGCAAUUCCCAAAAUCCCGAAACUUUCUGCCUGGAUCUCGACCCCGGGAGCGCCGAGUAUUUUUGA